AUGGAGGCAGCGUCUGCUGCUCCGCGUCCCCAGCUGUUCUUCCUCGUGCUGGCUGCGGCGGCGACGCUGGUUCCAGGGACGACGGCGUUGCAGUGUUUCUGCCACCUCUGUACAAAAGACAAUUUUACAUGUGUGACAGACGGGCUCUGUUUUGUGUCGGUCACAGAGACCACAGACAAAGUUAUACACAAUAGCAUGUGUAUAGCGGAAAUCGACCUCAUUCCCCGAGACAGGCCAUUUGUAUGUGCUCCUUCUUCAAAAGGUGACGUUACUACUACAACAUAUUGCUGCAAGCAUGACCAUUGCAAUAAAAUAGAACUCCCAACUACUGGAAAGCCGCCAUCCGGCCUUGGUCCAGUCCAGCUGGCAGCUGUCAUUGCUGGACCAGUGUGCUUUGUGUGCAUCUCACUCAUGCUGAUGGUCUAUAUCUGCCAUAACCGCACUGUCAUUCACCAUCGAGUACCAAAUGAAGAGGACCCUUCACUUGAUCGCCCUUUCAUUUCAGAGGGAACCACAUUAAAAGAUUUAAUUUAUGAUAUGACAACAUCAGGCUCUGGAUCAGGUUUACCAUUACUGGUUCAGAGAACAAUCGCAAGAACUAUUGUGUUACAAGAAAGCAUUGGCAAAGGUCGCUUUGGAGAAGUUUGGCGAGGAAAGUGGCGGGGAGAAGAAGUUGCUGUUAAAAUAUUUUCAUCAAGAGAAGAACGCUCCUGGUUUCGUGAGGCAGAGAUUUAUCAAACUGUAAUGCUACGUCAUGAAAACAUUCUCGGGUUUAUAGCUGCAGACAAUAAAGACAAUGGUACGUGGACUCAACUCUGGUUGGUAUCAGAUUAUCAUGAGCAUGGAUCUCUUUUUGAUUACUUGAAUAGAUACACAGUUACUGUGGAAGGAAUGAUAAAACUCGCACUGUCUACAGCAAGCGGACUUGCCCAUCUUCACAUGGAGAUUGUUGGUACCCAAGGAAAACCAGCCAUUGCACACAGAGAUUUGAAAUCAAAGAAUAUAUUAGUAAAGAAGAAUGGGACUUGCUGUAUUGCAGACUUGGGACUGGCAGUAAGACACGAUUCUGCCACUGACACAAUCGAUAUUGCUCCAAAUCACAGAGUGGGAACAAAAAGAUACAUGGCUCCUGAAGUUCUAGAUGAUUCCAUAAAUAUGAAACACUUUGAAUCCUUCAAGCGUGCUGACAUCUAUGCAAUGGGCUUAGUGUUCUGGGAAAUUGCCCGACGAUGUUCCAUUGGUGGAAUUCAUGAAGAUUACCAGCUGCCUUACUAUGACCUUGUACCUUCUGACCCUUCAGUUGAAGAAAUGAGAAAAGUCGUUUGUGAACAGAAGUUAAGACCAAAUAUUCCAAACAGGUGGCAGAGCUGUGAAGCCUUGAGAGUUAUGGCUAAAAUUAUGAGAGAAUGUUGGUAUGCCAAUGGAGCAGCCAGACUGACGGCUUUGCGGAUUAAGAAAACAUUGUCACAGCUCAGCCAGCAGGAAGGCAUCAAGAUGUAAUUGCAGCUUUUCCUGGGCUCUCAUUUUUCUUCAGAUCCGCUCCUGGGUUUUCAUUUGGGAGGUCACUGAUUCUACCUCACUGAGGGAACAGGAUAUUACUUACUUACUUUUUGCAGUAGUGUAAAAGGUCAAUGACAAACUCCCCAGGAUUUCCCCAGGACCAGCCAUGGAGUCCUUUCUGUGUACUCUGAGCACUUCUUUCCCAGGACAGUGACACAGUGUUACGUGGUCUACCUUUUAUUUUCAUUCACACGAAAUUUGUGUGUGUGUGUUUUUAAAGAUGGUUGUUUGUCUCUACUCUAGUAGCUCUGCUGUGCUGAAGACCAUCUUUAAUGGUAAAGGAGCUGGAUUUCUGAGUUACUGAAACAUUUCAUUUCUUAUUUUUUAAAGAAUACGAUUUUCUCCUGGUUAGUACAUUCUCAGACAGCGCUGAACCACUGAAGAGUUUCCUUGAAUCAGACUUUGAAUGUACUGUUCUAUCAUGUUUCAGGAUUUUAAAACUAACACAUGAAACUUACCUUGAGUCUAAAAAUGGCCUCAUAUAGUAAGUAGUGAAGAACACAAUUUAUGCAAUCGUAUUUUGUAUACUACUAUUGUUCUUUCACAUAUUCAGAACAUCACAUGCCUUCAAAAUGGGGUUGUACUAUCCCAGUAAGUGCCACUUCUCUGUCUUUCUAAUGGAAAUUAGUAGAGUUGCUGAAAGUCUGUGUGCUUUAAAGCCUGUAGU